AUAGUCUAUUCUAAUAAAGAAAAAGAAAAAUAAAGAAAAAGAUAGAACCAAAAGAGAAGUACUACUGACUACAGAAAACGAGGAAGAAUAGAUUAGAAUAGAAAGGAAAGAAAAUCAAUUCAGUAAUCUUUCUUCCAGCUCCAUUACCCCCUUUUCACUCUCUUCUCCCCAACGGCCAUUUUCUUCAUCUUCUUCUUCUUCCUUCAAUCAAAUCAAAUUAAUGUCAAAUUUUUCAUCCACCCAAUUCAUCAAAACACUUUAAUUUAAUCAUUUAAAAAAAUCCAAAAAAAACCCAUGUCUUCUUCUUCACCAUCGGAAAAUUUUCUCUCUCCUCCACAUCACCACCGCCAUAACCACCAUUUCAACCGCCUUAUACCACCACUCCUCGCUUCAGCUUUCUUUUGCUGUUUACUAAUUAUAUUCGUCACUUUUUUCCGUCGCUUUUAUAAGUGUCUAAAACCACCCCGACAAUCACUCUCUCUUUCCUCUCCACACCGUUUUUCCUUCUCCCAACUUCGCCGUGCAACUUCUUCUUUUUCAUCUUCUAACCGUUUGGGUCAAGGCGGGUUCGGGUCAGUUUAUUCGGGUACCCUCCCUCUUUCCAAAAAACACAAGCUUCCCAUCGCUGUCAAACUCCUUGAUUGUGGGUCCCUUCAAGGUGAACGUGAGUUUCAGAACGAGUUACUAAUCGCCAAUAAACUCGUUAACUCGGAUAAUAAUAAAAUUGUUAAGCUUCUUGGUUUUGCUUCAGAUCCAAAACGACGUCGUAUGUGUCUUGUUUAUGAGCUUAUGAGGAAUGGGAAUUUGCAGGAUUGUUUGUUACAUAGAAAAUGUGAUGAAUUAAUGAUUUGGUCUAAAAGAUUUUCAAUUGCAAUUGAAGUUGCUCAAGGUUUAACCUUUUUGCAUCAUCAAUGUCAACCUCCAAUUAUUCAUGGUGAUGUUAAACCUAGUAAUGUUUUAUUGGAUGAUUGUUUUCAUGCUAAAAUUGCUGAUUUUGGCCUUGCUAGGUUAAAAUUGGGGGAGAUUAAUGAUGGGUUUGUUGUUAAUUUUGAUUGUAAUAUUGCUAAUAAUGAUAACGUUAAUGUUAAUGUUGAUGUUGUUGGUUUGGAGGAUAGUUUGUCGGUGAUGGAAACGGAGAGUGCGACCACAACGGUGGGAUUCGAGGAGGGGAGUGUUGGUAUUGAUCGAUCUCCGGUGAGGAUUGUUGAUACCUCACCGGAGAUGGUGACCGCCAAGACUUCCCCUUCCGAGUUUUUUGAUAAUAAGGGUUUUGAUUUGGAAGCUCAAUUUGGUUUGGACAAUGUUGGAAAAGAUGUGGGAAAGAGGCAUAAUGAGAAUCUUGAUGGUAAUGUUCAAGUUAAUUUAGAGGCUCAAUUUGGGAGGGUUGAUAAUAGGAAUAGAGAGUUUUGUGAUGAUAAUGCUCAAGUUGAUUUAGAGGCUCAAUUUGGGAGGGUUGAUAUGGAGAAUAUAGGGAAAGAGGUGAGGAAGGGGCGAAAUGGGAAUGGGAAUGGGAAUGGGAAGGUGAAGGAUUAUGUGAUGGAAUGGAUGGGAAUGGAUGUGGGAAGGGAAGGGGAUCAUAGUGAUUGGAAUAAAGGUGGAGCUUCUUCGAGCAAUGUUGUGUCGAAUAAAGGAGGGAAGACGAAGGAGAGGAAGUUGGAAUGGUGGGUGGCGAUGGAGGAUGGAUGGAUGACGAAGAAGAAGAGGAGGCCGGUGAGGGAAUGGUGGAGGGAGGAUUAUAGCGACAAGCUUGCGAGGAAGAAGAAGAAGAAAAAGAAAAAUAAAAAUAAGAUUCAAGAGGUAAAAAGUGACAAUGAGGAGAAUUGGUGGCCUAGGGAUGAUGAGAUGUAUGUAGACAAGAAGAAGAAGUAUAGCAGGAGUAGGAAGAGUAGUCGGAGUAGUGUUGAUUGGUGGUUGGACGGUUUUAGUGGAGACCUUUGGAAGGCUCGACAUACGAGUUACGAUUCAAUGAGUGGGGACAUUCCGAAGAGUGGUGGAGUAAGUAGCACACCGAGUAUGAGAGGAACCGUGUGCUACAUUGCUCCCGAAUAUGGUAGUGGUGGCGACCUCUCAGAGAAGUGCGAUGUUUAUAGCUUCGGAGUGUUACUUUUGGUUCUAAUCGCUGGUCGGAGACCUUUGCAGGUCACCGGCUCACCAAUGUCCGAAUUCCACAAAGCAAAUCUUGUUUCGUGGGCGCGCCAGCUUGCUCGUUCUGGAAGGCUACUUGAUUUGGUUGAUAAAAAAACCCGAUCUUUGAAUAAGGAAGAAGCACAACUAUGCAUCAUAGUUGCUCUUAUGUGCUUACAGAAAUCGCCAUCUCGAAGGCCUACUAUGAAAGAAGUUGUCGGGAUGCUUACCGGUGAAUUAGCCCCUCCUCAACUACCUGUGGAGUACACUAAAUCUCCUGCACCUUACAAGUCCCGGAAGAAGUAUUUCCGGUGAGGUUUCGUAUGCUCGAUUUGUUGCAAAUUAUGCUUCAAUACUUGUCUUGUUUUAGGCUUAUACUUGUUAGCUCUGAUUUGGAAAGAUCAUUGCAUAUUCUUAUUCUUUUGAUAGUUCUUUUACAAUAGAUUGUAACUCCAAAAACUUCACUUCUUGUACAGUUACAAGUUAUACUUGAAUAAAAAUUUCUACAGAAUUUUUAA